AUGGCACCGUCUUCGCCUGCAGCACACAGACCUCGAAAGAAACGCCGAGUCUUAUCCGGUACUCAUCAUGGGCUUAACUCCGACCUGAUGCUAUCUGGGGAUAACAAUGUGCAGACGCCCGCUUUUCCCUUGGUUGCCUUCUUCUGGUCUGCGCGGUCUGGCGUGUCACAAUGGCUCAUCCUCCCCGUCGUGUUGAUGAUUGUUGGCCUAUUCCGGUGGGGGACUUCAUUGUGGGGUCACUCAGGCUAUGGCGUACCUCCGAUGCACGGCGACUUUGAAGCUCAGAGACACUGGAUGGAGCUGACAAUCCACCUCCCUACCUCCUGGUGGUAUUUCUAUGACUUGCAGUAUUGGGGGCUGGAUUAUCCUCCGUUAACGGCUUACCAUAGCUGGCUACUAGGGAAGAUAGGUCAACUUAUAGAUCCGACCUGGUUCGCACUGGACGAAUCCCGAGGCCUGGAAGGACCGCUUUUAAGGGUUUAUAUGCGUGCUACUGUCGUCGUCUCCGAGUACCUAAUUUACAUACCCGCCGUUGUCAUCUUCCUCAGGCGGUACGCUCGUGAACAAGGCGUUGCGCCGUGGGCAAGCUCUAUUGCCCUCUGUGCAGUCCUUAUGCAACCAUCUACGAUACUCAUUGAUCACGGACACUUCCAGUACAAUACCGUGAUGCUUGGAUUUAUCGUCGCCACUCUCGAAAGUAUGUAUGCACAAAGGCCACUGUGGGCUAGCAUAUUCUUCGUCGCCGCUCUGGGAUACAAGCAGAUGUCGCUAUACUUUGCUCCUGUCGUGUUCGCCUACCUAUUAGGCAUUUGCUUCUCCCCUCGAAUCCGGCCCAACAGACUAUUUAGCAUUGCCUUGAUUACCAUAGUUGCAUUUGCUGUCUUGUUCACGCCACUUCUUGCCGGCGCACUUUCAGACAGAUAUCGCAAAAUACCAGGGCCUACUAACCUGCCUCCAUUGAUGAAGGCGCUUCCCAUACAGAUAAAGGAGGACUCAUGGCUUUAUUCGGUGGUUCUCCAGCUUACUCAAUGCAUCCAUCGUGUAUUCCCGUUUGCGCGAGGUCUAUUCGAAGACAAAGUCGCCAACAUCUGGUGUACCAUCCACACUUUCUACAAACUUAACAAAUUCGACCCUAGCAUUCUCAAGCUAGCAGCACUGAGCGCCACACUGUUUGCCAUUAUACCCUCCUGCUUCAUCAUCGGACGUUAUCCCCGGACACAUCUCCUGCCCUACGCAUUAGCAAGCACAGGCUGGGGGUUUUUUCUUUGCUCCUUCCAAGUCCACGAGAAGAGCGUUUUAUUACCCCUUUUACCCAUGACGUUACUCCUAGGAAGCGCCGGAGGGCUUAGCAAGGAACUACGCUCGUGGGUUGGCUUGGCUAAUAUGCUCGGCGCCUGGACGAUGUUUCCGCUACUAAAGCGGGACGAAUUGAGAAUUCCGUACGCCGUUCUCACGCUGUUAUGGGCGUAUAUGCUCGGGCUACCUCCAACGUCUCUAGACCUCUAUAGAAACCGUGGAGGGCCCGCUGAGAGUUCUGCCGAGCUAUUCUCCAUGACCAAAUUCAUACACUUAUCUUAUUAUGCGGCCAUGCUUGGAUGGCAUGUUCUUGAAUCUACCGUUAGCCCGCCCGCCACAAAGCCCGACAUUUGGGUGGUUCUAAACUCUAUAAUUGGAGCGUCUGGCUUUGGUAUCAUCUACUUAUGGUGUAACUGGAAGCUCGCACAAGCAGUCCUCCUUGAGCCGCAGCAAUCCCCGUUAAGCACUAUACGCAAACGCCCUAUUGUCGAGAAAGCUCCUCUUAGCGAAGUCAGAGAAAAUAAUGCAAAGGGGGUGUCUGGGGUCAGCAGCAAGGAUACCUCCAAGGGGAAGAAAGCCGUGGGCAACUAG